AUGGAGGCAAUAAUGGAGGAAAUUGAGCCUUUGUUUACUACUGACAUUAUGCAGGUGCAAUUGUCGGACAGGUUCUGUAUGCCACAAAUCACUCCAUUUUUGGGAACUAACAACCCAUUAGAGCAUCUGAAGUCAUUCAAGGUUUGGAUGGAGCUCCACAAUGCGUCCACUGCAGUAAUGUACCAGGCAAUUUCACUAACCCUGACUGGGGCUGCUCGGAAAUGGUUCAAACAGUUAAAGUCGCACUCCAUUAGCUCAUUCUCCCAGCUCGGUCAAGUUUUCGUCAUGAACUUUAUUGGGGUAAAGGAGAGACUCAAACCAGCCUCCCACCUUCUCAACGUCGUUCAAAAAGAAGGAGAGCUACUGAAGGACUAUAUCAAGCGAUUCAAUCUUAAAGUGAUGCAAGUACAGAAGCACUCUGAGGAGAUUGCUCUGAUUUCAAUAAUGGGAGGUUUAAGAGAUCCCAAGUUCCUCUUCUCAUUGGACAAAAACCCCCCGACAAUGAUGAUCGACCUUUUAAAUAGAUUGCAGAAGUAUUAUAAUGUUGAGGAAGCCUCUACCCUAUGA